GUCUCCCCAAUGACUAUUAAAGCGAGGAAAUCCUCUGAGCAAGACACAAUGGCAAUCCCGUUUCACUCUGAUCGCCACUCGGCUUAUCCAACUAGUAUCUGUUUUUUUUUGAUUUUUUUGAGCGAUGGAUUCUACUCCUAAGCCGUCCUCUGAGGGACCUUUUCCCAUCGUCCUGCGUGGUUCAUGUCUAUGCGGCAUGAUCCAUCUCGAAAGCAAGAUGCUACCUGAAUCGAUUACCCUCUGCCAUUGUCGAGAAUGCCGCAAGGCUUCCUCAAACCCUUUCCUCACAUUCGGGUUGUUCCAUAAUGAUUUCAUUCAAUGGUCUAUGGUUACGUCUUCUGGCACAAAGCAGUUGCUCGGAGACCUGUCAGAGGGUAUCAAGCUGACUUACUACUCUGAUAUCGCGAUACGCGGGUGGUGUCCUCGUUGCGGCACACCUCUUUUCAUGAAAUAUCACUGCCGACCAGACGGGACUAGUAUCGCCAUGGGCCUGGUUGACGACGAAUAUAUCUCUGGCUCGAUUCCACCGGUCAAGGAGCACAUCUUUAUUGGAGAUAAAGCUGUCUGGUGGAAUGUGCCGUCGGACGACGGAAUUCCCCAAUAUAGUGGCUUCAAUGAACCUUUCACCCGUCGACUUCAGGAUUGGUUCGCCAAGGGCCGCCCACAGAGACUGGAUCUCCCUCCGUCUCCUUCCAAAUUCAAACUUUGAGUUCAGUUAUUACCUAUCCAUGGAAAUUAGCAUUUGAUGUCUUUUGCUAGUUCGGGAAGUGCAGGAAAUUGAUUAUGAUCGAGGAGUUCGACCUGUUUUCUUCCUUUUCCUUCGGAAUUGGACGUUUGAAUCAUUUGGCUGUUGAGAUAUGACAUUCGCACA